CUGCUAUUAAUCGCAUUCAGAUCAACUCUUGCUCUCGGGGACUCUUUUCGCACAAAAGCCUAGUCAAACUUGCUGGCAAGACCUCUCCCACAAUGGCGUCGCUCUUUACAGCACGGCGGAAACCGAAGCGCAUUGCGCGGGAUGAGGCAGAUAACCAGCCAGACGAUGGCGACGAAGUGUGUGUGUGAUCGUUCCCCGCUGACGGCGAGUUAUGUAGACACCGGCCCCGUGGUAAGACGACCGACGCACAGCGCGCCGCGCACGAAGUCCAAACUACGAGUAUCGUUCAACCCGGGUGAGGAGGACGGGCCAGGAAGAGGAGAAGCCGCGACUUCUGGCGCGGUACAACAAAGCAAAUCGGCGACGAGACUGGGUCUGUCCAGCGCAGCGCAGGACAUCAUCAGCCGACGAGAGCACGAGGACAGAGAUGGCGAGGGCCAGAACCACGACAGACCGAAAUACAACAAGGCCUACCUCGACGAACUGCGCAACUCGACGCCCUCGACGCCGGACCUGUCGUCCCGGGACAGCCCCUCGCGGGAGCUGGUCGAGCCGUCGACGAAUCUCGAACUCGACCUCGAAAGCAAAUUUGGCAAGACGGCGGCUCUGUCCUCCACGACAUCCCCCCACAUCCCCAGCGCCGCCGAAAUCAAGGAGAAGAAGGAACGGCGGGCGCGCCUGGCGAAGGAGCAGGCGGCAGAAAGGUCGGAGGACUUCAUCCCGCUGGAGGCCUACGACUCGGACGGCGAAUUCAAACCCCGCCGCAUGCAGGUCUCAUCUUACCUCGCACCGCCGCGGGAGAAGGAAACGCGCCUGGUCCGCGAGGAUGAGGACAUCGCCGAGGGAUUCGACGACUUCGUCGAGGACAGCGGGCGGGUCACACUGUCCAAGAAGGGGCUCCGAGAACAGAGCCGCCGGGAGAAGGAGGCGAUCCGGAACCUCAUCAACGAAGCCGAGGGCGCGAGUCCCGACAACUCGGUCGACGGGGACGGCGGGUCUGCCUCCGACUCGGACUACGAGCGGCGACAAGAGUACGAGCUGGCCCAGACGCACCACGGCAUGGACGGGCUCUCCUCGCACGCCACCCACAAGCGGCAACUGAACCGUCCGCGCCAGCCGCGCGAGACCACGCCCAUCCCCAAACUCAGUGUCGGGCUGACGCGCCUGCGCGACAUGGUCUCGGCCCUGGAGUACGAGAGGGCGAAGAUCGCGAAACGCAAGGCCGACAUCGAGCGGGAGAAGACAGAGAUUAAGCAGAGCCAGGAGCACAUCCAGCGCAGCCUCGAGGAGGCAGGCCAGGAGCUGGAGAGAGUCCAGAGGGAACACGCAGAGAGAGUCAACGGGGCAAAGCCCGGAACGCCCACGGGGACAGACGGCAAUCCAGAAUCCUUGCACGCCGCGCCUACUGGCGUCGAAAGAGGGUUGGAGUCUUUUGGAGACCACCGCCCUUGAUCUGUAGUGUACAACAUAAUGUCACCGCCUCCGAGAUAUAAGACACAUCAUAUGUGGCGGUAGGACCACCACUCGAUAACGGCUGACCCAAAACUGCGUGGACAGGAAUAGACACAACUUUGACGGUCAUCAUAACGAACGGUCAGCACGUGGAGAGAAUUCAUAGGGCAAUACGAGUAGAAAAAAGCCACUCUGCCCCUAUUAAGUCAUGCUCAUAUGGCCAGGUCUCUCUAUUUGUAUUCGAC